UGCACAGAAGCCGGUAAGGGGCUGUCUUGCUCAUGGGCUUGCUAUAGGGGAGUUGUCCUCGAUACAGAGCACCGAUUGGACAAAACGCUUCCUGAAAAAGGCAAAGGACAGACCCCUGUAGGCUUCUUUCAGUACGAAAAUAGAUCGAACGCCUGGGAGGUGUGAGCAGUCCAGGUCGCAGGACACGUUGGUUAGGUCAAGUUUUUGAUCAGGCAUUGGGACUGCAGGUUUGCACACUAAAUACAUAUUAAGUAUUAAAAUAUACAGUCAGAAAAGCGCCCAAUUGUGUAAUUGUAUUGCUAGCUAAUUCAGCUAGCGUGAUCCCAAGAAGCAACCAGUGUGUAGGAACACUGAGUCGGGGUUCAUCAACUUUGAGAAGAAUUCUGAUUGGACGGAAGAGGGGGACAACUUCAAAAACACUAUUCAUUAAAACGGAAUGGAUUUCGUCGCAGGUUGCAUUGGAGGUGCUUCUGGUGUGUUGGUGGGACACCCAUUUGAUACUGUAAAGGUCAGACUGCAGGUUCAAAGUGUGGACAAGCCUCUGUACCGUGGAACAUUCCACUGCUUCCAGUCCAUUGUGCGUCAAGAGUCUCUGCUUGGCCUCUACAAAGGGAUUGGCUCGCCAAUGAUGGGCCUGGCAUUCAUCAACGCCAUUGUGUUCGGUGUCCAGGGUAACGCCAUGCGACGGCUGGGCCAAGACACGCCACUCAACCAGUUCUUGGCAGGGGCGGCGGCGGGGGCCAUCCAGUGUGUGAUCUGCUGCCCCAUGGAGCUGGCCAAGACGCGCAUGCAGAUGCAGGGCUUGGGCGAGAAGAAGUCGAAGCGGAAGCUCUACAAGAACUCUCUGGACUGCUUGGUGCGCAUCUACCGGAGGGAGGGCUUCCGGGGUAUUAACCGGGGUAUGCUGACCACAGUGAUCCGCGAGACGCCGGGCUUCGGGGUCUACUUCCUGACGUACGACGUGCUGACGCGGCGGCUGGGCUGCGAGCCUGAGGACAGCUACAUGAUACCCAAGCUGCUGUUCGCCGGCGGCAUGUCGGGCAUCGCCUCCUGGCUGUCCACCUACCCUGUGGACGUCAUCAAGUCCCGGCUGCAGGCGGACGGCGUGGGCGGCGAGAACCGCUACAGCGGGAUCGCGGACUGCGUGCGGCAGAGCUGGGAGCGUGAGGGCUGGAGGGCGUUCACACGAGGACUCACCUCGACCCUCCUCCGCGCCUUCCCUGUCAAUGCUGCCACCUUCGCCACGGUGACUCUGUUUCUCAUUUACAUGCGUGACGAGGAGGGGGCCAACUGUGAGGUGCCACCGCAGGCCCUCCAGCAACAGCAGGUCCAGACCACCAGCCUGUGAGCACGUGUGUGUGUGUGCGCUCUAGAGCACCCUCUAGGGGGUGUUCUGGUCAUUGCAUGAUGGUGGACAGAUUGGGUACCUGAGAGACGUUAUGGGGGAUGUUUUAAUAUCUGCAGGUAGAGUCUGCAUGUGUAAAUACAAAACUGUCCUUUUCCUUUUUCUUAUUUUCACCCUAAUUUAGUUCCUCUUUAAUGUCAACCUGUCCUUUCUUUUCAUUUAUAACGGUUUAGUUAUAGCAUUAUUUGAGUUGUCAACAACUUGAAUGGAACAUUUUCAGUCACUUUAAACAACAGGAAAAUCAAAGGAAAGUCAGCAAUCACUGAGUUUGAAUGAGUAAACUGCAUAUUGAGCAUUUAUGUAGUGAACAAAGCCACCGGCCUUGGCCUUGGUUCAUGUGAUUGUGGAUAUCACAAUGGCGACUCUACAGACCGCCCGUAACGGAAACUGUAAAUUGAACGUUUAAAGUAUUUAAACCAUUUGUUAUUUUAAGCAGAUCUGCAGUCAGUAAGCUUAAAAAUUUAGUUCACAACUAUUUUUUUUUCAAGGAUUUCUUGACAGUUAAUAAGGUCAUUGGUGCAUUUUGGAUAUAUCCAAAUGCUAAAUAGCAGCUUAGUCAUGUAACUGUUACAGCCUUCCGCUUUUACUUCAGUAUUAUGAAAACGUUUUCAUUUAUUGUCACAGAGCAACCUGUUAACACUCUUUUGUAUGUGCAUAUACGUGCCUUUCAUCAACACACAAUUUUGCAUAUAUACACAACUAAAGCUUUCCUAUGAAAAGAUUUUUUUAAAGAAAUGUUUUUUAACUUUUUUGAAACUAAGGAAUCCUAAGGAUUCUAAGCCAUUCUCUGGACUUGCCCCUGAUGGCCCAGGAGUUCUAACCUCUGUUUCUCUCUCUCUUUCUUUCUCUCUGUUUCUCUCUGUUGCUCUCUCUCUGUUUCUCUCUCUCUCUCUCUCGUGUUCUUCUUUACCCACCCCACUGGAAUUCACUGCCACAUUCCAGAGUAGGGUGCGGUCUGCUGUUUGAAGUCAACAACUGCACUUAUGAUUUCCUAUGAUUUUGACUCCCAGCUGUGUGUCAAUCCCACGAGUGUGGUUAGUGGAAUCACAGGGGAAUCACAUGCUUGAUGUCAAUCACCUAAGUUAUUGUGCGUCCUAAUGCUGCUUUUAUGGUAAGCGUGAACACUGUAGUGAUUACACUUUUGAAAGGUGAAAUCAGCGCAGCGGAAUGAACUGCAGUCCUGACUGCGUAGAUUGGCGAAAUGCAGCACACUCUUUAGUAAUGUAUCAUCAAACUACUGUUACCAUAGAAACUGAGGUCAAAGUAAGUAAAUAAGUUACUGUAAAUGCGGUUUAACUUCGCACAGUAUCACCAUACGCUGAAAAUGUUGCAUUUGACCUAUAUAAAUGAUCUUAAAUGAUCAUUGAAGCACCUUAACCCAAUACCACUUCCAUCUGAAAAUCGAAUGCUGCUUACACGGUUGUGUACUCAACAAUUUUGUAUUUGGAAAUGUUGGUUAUUUUACAUUUACUAAUUUAAUGGGAUGCCGUCAUAAUUGACAGAAAAUGAUUGAUAAAAGGUUAUUUCUUGUAUGAAACUGUUAUUUGUAUAGCGUUAGUUGGUUUUGUAUGUGUUCCAUCAAGAUCAUGGGUGGAAGAGAGUAACCAUGAUUAAAGGGAAGGGCAAAUCCCCAAGCAGCUGUCUAUUCUUUUUUGUUUUGUUUUCUCUUUCUUAAGGGCUGUUUGUAUUAUAGGGAAAUUUUGUGAAAAAAAAUGUGAAUGUUUUUGCCUGAACUUUGGUACACUGGUUGCUGAUAAGCUCAACCUUUGGUGUACACAUCUGGUGUAGAACAAAUGCUGAAUAAAGCAUAUUAAAGUGUA